AAAGCAAAAAGAACCUUCCUUGUAAAUACUAGUACCCUGUCUUGCUUCAGUUCAGGCCGGCCUGCGGGAGGAAAGGGCAUAGCUGGGCAGUUCAGGAUGUUUUGAUGUGAGAGCCUCCCGAGUUGACUGCCUGUUUCCACAAUCGGAAUGCAGAUGCAACACUCCAUCUUUACUAUACUGUAGAGGGCCACGUUGCCAAGCAGCAUUCGGCGAGUGAGGCCACGUUCAUCUCCUGACCUUUCAAAAAUAUUAUUUUCUUGCAAUGACAACUGUUCAACAACCCAAUAUCAGUCUGCGGCGACCCGUGGCGGCAUCAAGUGCAACAUGCGCUGAUUCUGUCAACGGUGUCAGCAGAAGAAUUCUAAAACAGCAAACUGCUCCGCACACCCACCAUGUCCAAGUCAGUAGCUCAGCGACUACAAGCUGUAAUGUGCUUGGAAAGCGUCUGAGCUCCCCUGCCGGCUCUAUUAGUGCACCGCACACGCACACAGUCAGCGUUGUUCCAGGAAUCGGGCGUGGUAUCCGAUCACGUGCAGCAUCCUCUUCUCUACCAGGCGGUCUACCCCUCGUCAGUAAUGCUAGCUCCAACACUCCUGCUAGCAGCAGUCCAGAUGCCAGCAGCUACACUGAUAGCACAAACACUAUCAAUGGCAGCAGCAACAGCACUGCAAACACUACCACUACUACCAACAACAACGGUGCACAUAGCACCACGAUUAUCAAUGCUACCGGUACCACUACCCACACGAUCUCGCUGAACGAACUAUCCCGUUCUGUGUUUGCGUCGAAUGGUCGUGUCUCUCAGUCUCCUAAUGCCUCCCACCAAUCUGGCCGUGGCAGGGGACGAGUUGUGGUCCGUGGCUCCUUGCCCACAUUUUCAACUUCCGAAAUUUCCGAAACAAACCUCCGAUUCACUAGUCUCUCUUUUGAUACUGGGACUGCUGCUGCCGCUGCCGCUCCUGUUGCCGCUCCUGUUGCUGCUGCUCUAACAGAGGCCAGCAGUAGCCAGGUACCUCUCAACACCACCGCAACACCUGUCGUGGCCACAACUUCAGCAGCUGCAGCAGUCACUACCGUGACACCAGUUCCAUUGUCAUCCAAUAGAAGCUCGACUUUCAGUUCUCAUGCCACUGUGCCUGCUGGCAGACCCGUGUCAGUUCGUCGGCAAUCAGCAGAUAUUGCCCCUGCAGCAAUGGCAGCAGUGGCUUCUGCAGCAUCACCACCAGAGCCAGCCAGGCCAGUGCAGUCGGUGCAACAGCAAGAGCAAAAGCAACAGCCGCCGUCGAAAAGUGCACUUGUCCGGUCGCCCUCGGUUGACGAUUACCGGCUGGUGAACCUUGGCAAGUGCAAUGCCAUAGCUGGUGCUAUGCUCAUGGAUGAAGGCCAAAAAGUCAAGUUUGCUUUGCCGACCAGUGUGCUGCAGGACAUUCAAACGGGGAAUCUUUAUGCUCUUAUCCAAAAUGUCACGGCUGGCAGCCAAGCGCUGCUUGACGACGUGCACUCCAGAAUUCGGAACAUUCUGUUAACGAUUGAAGAUCGCCUUUCAGAAAAGAAUACUGAACUGAACUGUUCUACAAACGCCGCCGACUGUAACGCGCGCUCCAUGGCAAGCUCGGCAAAUGUGCUGUCCACCAGGACACGCGUAGCCUACAGUCGUGCUGAACUACUCUCCCUCUACUCGUGCCCGCUGAGCAGCCUGUGUCCUGCUGCUUCAAAGAUCAUCAACACCAUAGUCGAAGACAAGCCAAUUGAUGCUGUUUCAGAAAUAGUGAGCAGCGUCAAGACGUGCAUUGAUGAAUGAUGACGAUGACAGCCUAGCACCAUGAUGACACUUGCAGUGGCGUUUUACUGGUGGCUGCCUUUGUGUUGCUUUAUCCCCACUCUCCUUUGGUGUUCAUUUCUCCGUAUUUCUUUGGCUUGGUCAGGUGGACACACACGCCCAUGCCAUGCAUUCCGUUAAUUUACUUGUGCUCACCUGCUUGGCCUGCAGCUAAGCGGGUGGUUAGCAAUGACCUGAUGUGACUAUGUACACUCUUCUUCUUCAUUUACUCCUGUGGCCAGUAGGCACUAGUCUCCACCGCCGCGCUCCCAUUGCCUGUGUCCUGCGCACCGUGUCUGCUUUACUGGUGCAGAUCGACGUAUCAAUAAUAGUGUAUACAGUCUCUUGCAGUCGUGUGUGUGUGUGUGUGUGUGUAUGUGUGUGUGUGUGUGUGUGUGUGUGUGUGUGUGUGUGUGUGUGUAUCAUGCUUGCGUGUGAGCAUGUCCUUUCUUCUUUUGUCGUACUUAACCCUAUCUCAUCCGCUCCCUGCAACUCUGCUUGUAGUCGCUUGUAUCCAUCAGUGGAGACUCUACCUACAGGACAUCUUAGAAUCAUUCUCCUCCGUCUUUGCUUUGUGUUUCAUCAUCAUCCUAGCUGCGCAUGUUCAUCUGGCCUGUAUUUCGCUGUGUUAAUCUAUUAUACAUGUAGCUAUGCCUGUGACAUCUCUUAUCCUGUUUUCAAUCUGCUCUUCUCCUUCAACUCUACUAAUACUACUACCAAGGCAAGAGCCCAUAAUCCCGCUGGGGAUCAUGGACUCUUGCUACUUCUACAACUACUUCUCAUCUAACGCGGCUGCCUCCUAGUCUUCUUGCACACCGCGUACAUCCAGACUCCACUAGCAGUCAAUGUCCAUCAA